AGGACUUCUCCACGACUGCUUUGUGUAGCAACGCAACAGAAAAAUACUGGCCAGAACUUGGAAGAGGACCAGAGUCAGAGCCAAAAUGAGCAGAAGGUUGAACCCAGCUCUGCUGAAAAAAUGCUAACUGAAGAAAAGGCCAAACUGGAAGAACAACUAAAAGAAGUUACUGACAAGUACAAGCGUGCCUUGGCAGAUGCUGAAAACGUGAGGCAAAGAAGCCAGAAACUGGUAGAAGAGGCAAAGUUAUACGGGAUUCAGAGCUUCUGUAAGGACUUACUAGAAGUUGCAGACAUUUUGGAGAAAGCAACAGAAAGUGUUCCGAAAGAAGAAAUUAAGGAUGAAAAUCCUCACUUGAAGAGCUUAUAUGAAGGUCUUGUUAUGACAGAAGUACAGAUUCAAAAAGUGUUUAAAAAACAUGGCCUGCUCAGACUGAAUCCUGUCGGAGCCAAGUUUGAUCCGUAUGAACACGAAGCAUUGUUCCAUGCUCCCAUGGAAGGGAAGGAGCCUGGCACUAUUGCGUUAGUAUCCAAGAUCGGCUAUAAGCUACAUGGGCGUACGCUGCGGCCUGCCUUGGUGGGUGUUGUGAAAGAUGCUUAACUGCUCAAUCUGAGAAUUUAAAAUGCCAUACAACUAUUAAACAGCUGGAUGGUUUUUCUCUUACAUCAUGCUUUCCUUAUUCCUCUGCCCCCUGAGAGGUGUAAAUGAACUGGUUGGGGUCUCCCAGUGAAAAUGAAGCAACCGAUGAAAUUCUUCUGUUUAGUGGCCUUCAGCAUCACUGUUCUGGAAGCUCUCUCUCUUCCUAAGUGUGACAUACAAGAGCCAUUAAGCCCUCUAAUGCUUUACAUUAGAUUACUUUUUUUUUUACAACUAUUGCUACUGAAGGUGUGUUAAAUUGAAAGGAACAAAACCACAAGAAUUUUGCAAUCUCACAUUUAUCACUGUGUGUAGAUUGAAAAUCCAAAUAGUGGUUCAAACACUUUCUUUUGUUUUGUGGAAUCUGAUGUUGCAGAAGUGGGUGAAGUAGUGCAAAUAACCCAUUUUCUGCAAGUGUCCAUCAGCUGUUACACACUGAUGUGAUGAUUGUUUAUUCAGAAAUCAUCUUUCUCAACAAGUGAAAUUGAAACCUGUGUGAAUUCUGACCUGUAAAUAAAAGGCAACGGAGAGUAGACAUCUUUUGUAAUUGUUCAACCCUUUUUCUUCUGUAGUAACAUUGACUCAAGAAAACCAUCAAAUACUUGUAUGGCAUUGAAGAACCAAGAGAAUUUAUCCUAUCUCUGGAUUUUUAAUUUAAUAUUGUAUAAAUUGGUUUAA